AUGAAGCACUUGAGAAAUCUUGUCUAUCUUGACAUAACGGGUUGUUAUUCACUUCGAUUUAUGCCUGUUGGAAUGAGACAAUUGAUAUUCCUGCGAAAACUUACCCUGUUCAUUGUGGGUGGGGAGAAUGGUCGUGGCAUAAGUGAGCUGGAAGGGCUGAAUAAUCUUGCUGGUGAAUUGAGUAUCGCAGAUCUUGUGAAUGUUAAGAAUUUAGAAGAUGUCAAAAGUGUCAAUUUGAAGUUGAAGACAGCUCUUUUAUCACUGACUUUAUCUUGGCAUGGUAAUGGAGAUUACCUUGUUGACCCUUGGUCAUUUGUGCCACCGCAACAAAGAAAGAGUGUUAUUCAGGUAAAUAACGAGGAGGUCCUUGAAGGGCUUCAACCUCAUUCAAAUCUGAAGAAGUUGAAGAUAUGUGGAUAUGGAGAUUCAAGAUUUCCUAAUUGGAUGAUGAACUUGAACAUGACGCUACCAAAUCUGGUAGAGAUGGAGCUAUCAGCAUUUCCCAACUGUGAACAACUUCCACCAUUGGGGAAACUACAGUUGCUCAAGAGUCUUAAAUUAUGGGGAAUGGAUGGUGUGAAGAGUAUUGACAGCAAUGUGUACGGAGAUGGGCAGAAUCCAUUACCAUCUUUGGAGACGCUGACUUUCAAUUCAAUGGAGGGAUUAGAGCAAUGGGCUGCGUGUACUUUUCCUCGCCUUCAAGAAUUGAAGAUAGUCAAUUGCCCUGUGUUGAACGAAAUACCAAUUAUACCCUCCCUUAAAAAAUUAGACAUCCGGGGAGGUAGUGCUUCGUCGCUGAUGUCAGUUAGGAAUCUCUCUUCUAUCACCUCCCUUAUUAUAGAACAGAUUCCAAAUGUGAGGGAGCUUCCCGAUGGGUUUUUGCAAAAUCACACCCUCCUUGAAAGAUUAGUAAUUUAUAAGAUGCCAGAUCUGGAGUCUUUGUCAAAUAGGGUAUUAGAUAACCUUUCUGCUCUUAAAAGGUUAUAUAUUUCGUUUUGCGGGAAACUUGAAAGCUUGCCAGAGGAAGGUCUUCGUAACCUCAAUUCCUUGGAGGUUUUACAGAUAGAGUCUUGUGGAAGAUUAAAUUGUCUGCCAAUGGAUGGGCUCUGUGGCUUAUCUUCUCUUCGCAAGUUAUAUGUUAUGCAUUGUUAUAAAUUCACAUCUCUAUCUGAGGGAGUGCGACAUCUGACGGCACUUGAGAAUUUGGAGCUUGGUUUAUGUCCAGAGCUGAAUUCAUUGCCAGAGAGUAUCCAACAUCUCACUUCUCUCCAAUAUCUAUUCAUUUGGGGUUGUCCAUAUUUAGAGAAAAGGUGUGAGAAAGAUUUAGGAGAGGACUGGCCGAAGAUAGCUCACAUUCCUAAAAUUAGUAUCAAGUAA